UCCCCUCACUGCUCGACGAGAUAAGAGCUGAAAAACCGCAAAUGUGUCAUAAAACUCCCCCAGUUCACCCUCAACCUCGCGGAGUCACACAUUUACAAUGACUGAUUCAAAUGAUAAGCCAACAGAUGGUGAGAGCAGCAGCCUUAAAAAGAGCAAAAAGAAGCAAAAGAAGGAAGAUGCCUGGAGACCAGAGGGACCCAGAGACCCAUUUGCACUGCUGGACACUCUGCCAGAGAAGAAGCAGCAGGAGAUCCAGAGAGCCCUCCACCUCUUCUCCUUGGCCCCAACUACACCUAAAACCCUGCAGCAGGCCAAGAAACACACCUACCGCUUCUGGAACACACAGCCUGUCCCCAAACUGGAUGACACUAUUACGACUCAGGGCCCAAUAGCUGAGGGUGAAGUUAGUGUCCGAGAGGAGCCCUACUCACUACCUCAGGGUUUCUCCUGGGAUACUCUGGACCUGAGCAGCCCUCCAGUGUUAAAAGAACUCUGCGGUCUACUAAAUGAGAACUACACUGAAGAUGAUGACAACACCAUCAGACUUGACUUCUCUCUGGAGUAUCUGCAGUGGGCUUUACAGCCUCCAAACUGGCUGCCCCAGUGGCACUGCGGUGUGAGAGUGGACACCAAUAAGAAGUUAGUCGGCUUCAUUGCUGCCGUUCCUGCCGAUGUUCGCAUUUAUGAGACGGAGAAGCGGGUGGUGCAGGUCAAACUCUUAUGUGUUCAUAAGAAACUACGCUUCAAGCGGAUGACUCCAGUUCUGAUCCGAGAGCUCACCAGGCGGGUGAACCAGCAGGGCCUCUACCAGGCGCUCUACACGGCCGGCACAGUGCUGCCCACACCAAUAAGCUCCUGCAGACUCUGGCAUCGCCCUCUGAAUCCCCGUAAGCUGAUGGAGGUCAACUACCCAGGUCUGAGACAGAACAUAACCCUGCAGAGAGCUCUCAAAUUGAACCGCCUGCCAGAGGUGACAAAGAUACAAGGUCUGCGCCCCAUGACAAAAGAAGAUGCUCCUGGGAUACAGUCACUGCUCCAGAAAAACCUCUGCAAGUUUCAGCUCAGCCCCCUCCUGUCUCUGCAGGAAGUAGAGCAUUGGUUGCUGCCGAGGGAGAAUGUGGUUGACACCUACGUGGUGGCGAAUGAUGAUGGUGCCCUGACUGAUGUGGUGAGUUUCUAUAGCGUCUCCUCCAGAGUGCUGAAUCACCCGGUUCACUCCGGCCUCAGAGCAGCUCAUCUCCUCUACGUUGCCUCUGCUGCCACGGAGAUGACCGACCUGAUGGAGGACACCCUGGUCCUGGCUAAAGCUAAAGGUUUUGACAUCUUCUGUGCCCUCGAUGUGAUGGAUAACGAGGGUUUCCUGGAGAAGCUCAAGUUCAGCAUCGGCGACAGGAUGGUUCAUUACUACUUGUACAACUGGAUGUGCCCUAAUAUGAGCCCAGACAAGGUGGGGUUGGUGUUACCCAACUAACCUGCUACUGAAAGAAGGCAGAAGUGAAGAUGAGAGGAACAGAGUGACUGGCAGGACGGUGGAGGUCAAACUGCAUCAACAUUAAUAAACAUGAAUUUGGUUUAAAAAAAAAAAAAAAAACACGAAGCACACUCCCUCACAAAUCAAGGAAAGAAAUUGUAUUUGUGAAUACAUUUGUCAUCUGAAUAUCAGUUAUUUACUGAGUUCAGGGUUUCCACGACAGAAAAACAUUGUCUGCUACAUGAUGGAGAAUUGAAUAAACAAAUUCUGAAGAUUCACUCUUGACAUUCUAAUACCAGUUUGUGUGCGUGCACGCUGACGUACAUUAGUCUCUGCACGCAAUUCACAUAAUCUUUGGUGACAUGACACUCAAUUUUUGUCCGACCAGAACAACAAUAUGAUUAGAAGACAAGAUCAUUAAUCAUUCUCAAGAUCCAUACAACCCAAUUCCAGUGUACAUGCAGUAGAUGCAUAAUGUCAGGUGCAAAUGUAAUUAAGCUACAUCUCAUCCAGACAACAUAUUGUUGCAAGAUAAGUCUUGCUGACAGCGUGUUAGUAUGGAUUUAACCCCUCGUGGAUGUUCCACAUACAAAGCUGCAGUGCAGAGACCAAAGAAUAGUUUGCCAUUGUGAUGUUUUAUUCUGUUGUUUCAGAAAAAGAAAUAAAAUGUUAAUAAUCACA